AUGGUCGAACAAGUCAGUACUGGUAUUCUUAAACCUAUGUUCGCUGCAUUUGAAAACGAAAAACCUCUUCCAGAAAAACCAAUUCUUCAAGUAAUGAAAGUUGGUUUAACUAACCAAAACACCCAAAACGCCUCACAACAAAGAUAUAGAGUGGCGUUUUCAGAUGGUCGUGAAUAUGUACAAGGUAAAGGACUGUUGGAAAGAGGUCAACUGGUCCGUCUGAAUAGUUAUAGUUUGACUGCAACUCAUAGUUCCGGAUCACCUAAAUCCAAUAAUCCACCUCAAAUUAUGCCACCACAAUCUUUACAAAGACCUCAAGCACCUCAAGUUAGGCCUCCUCAACAACCUAGCAUACGACCAAUCACGUCUCAAGUAAAUGAUGCUGAUGAGGGAGUUUUCCCAAUUAGUUAUCUCAGUUCGAAAUCAGAAAUUAAGCGUUGGCAAAACAAGCGUGGAGAAGGGAAACUGUUUAAUGUUACUUUGUUGGAUAAUAGUGGAGAAAUCAGAGCCACGGCAUUUAACCAACAAGUUGACGACUUCUUUAAUGUAUUACAAGAGGGAAAGUUAUUUUACAUAUCCAAAGCAAGAAUAAAUGUUGCCAAAAAGCAAUAUUCAUCAGUGAAGAACGAUUAUGAAAUCACUUUAGAGAGUGGAACUCAGAUUAUUCCGUGUCCAGAUGAUGAUCCUAUGAAUAUGUUAAAAUUUGAUUUCGUUCCAAUUUCCGAUUUAUUGAAACAUGAAAAAGACAGCACUAUAGGUAAAAUCAACAAACGUGAACUCACUAUUGUUGAUCAAAGUGGAUAUAUGGUUAAAAUGACUUUAUGGGGACAACAGGCUGAAAAUUUUGCAAUGUUCGAUAAUCCGGUUGUUGUAUGUAAAAGUGUGAAAGUAGGAGAUUAUCAAGUUUUCAGUGGGACCACAUUGUUAUAUAAUCCCGAUAUUCAUGAGGCUAAGGAAUUACGUGAUUGGUAUCGAACAAUAGAUGAAAAUCAAGAAUUUAAUUCCUUUUCUGGUAUGGGAGGAGGAUAUAUUGCAAUGCAAGACAAAAUUGAAAAUAGGAAAACCAUUGAACAAGUCAAAUCUGAGAAUCUUGGCAGUGGUGAAAAAAAAGAAAAUAAUUAUUAUCCAGCUUGUGCUAAUGCUGGAUGUAAUAAAAAAGUUUCCGAUGAAAAUAGAGAUGAUGGUUGGUAUUGUGAAAAAUGUGGUCGAACAUUUUCUGAACCCAAUUAUCGAUAUAUCGCAUCAAUUAGUGUGGCUGAUCAUACCGAUUCCGCGUGGUUUCAAUGUUUCAAUGAUGCGGCUGAAAUAAUUUUAGGAAUUUCUGCUAAUGAUUUACCAAAUAUAAGUCCUGUUGAUUAUAUUACACAAUCUAAUGAGAUGCUCCGUAAUAUAAAAAUUCUUGAUCCGGAAUUUUAA